AUGGCUUCGACGCGCAAACCGGGGCAGGUCGCCAGGGGCCAGCCGCGGAAGCUCGCAGCGCCGAAGCCGCAACAGGUGAGCCAAGGCGCCGGCGCCGGCGGGCACACGAUCAUGCUGCUGCAGGAGACGAAGAAUUUGGCGACCCGGACGUGGUCGGAGCACCCUACGCUGCGCCAGGCCCUCGACUACUUUGUCUCGUCGUACGAGCGGCAGCUCAAGGCGCUCAACCCGCAGGCGCGCGAGCUGUCGUACACGGUGGAGGAUCUGCACGUCUACAUUGACAGCAUGGCCGACCUGUCGGCACUCAUCUUCGCGCCCGCCACAAAGCACUACAUGCCGCGCAACAAGACCUACCUCAAGCAGCAGCUGCUGCUGCAGCUGCAGUCUGCGGCGCGAUAG